CCACGUCAGCCGGGAGUCCGGGUCCGGCUGCAGCCUCCGGAGGGGAGGGGGAGAGGGAUACCCCCCCUUAAAAAACACCCCAGGACCCCCCUUCCCCCCCCCGCCCCCAGCCAGGAUGGUCUUGCUUACCAUGAUUAGCCGGGUCCAAGACGGGCUUCUCCUGGCAGCUUCUAUGCAAGAAACGGAGCAGUCGAACCGGAACUUCCAAGAAUAUCACAGCCAAGCGAAGCAACUUUUCCGGAAGCUUGGGGAGCAUUCGCCGAACCGCUGUUCCUUGCAGGCUGGGGCGAUGACUUUCCACUACCUGAUCAGCCAGGGCAUUUGCUACCUGACGCUGUGCGAAGCCGCUUACUCCAAAAAGCUGGCCUUCGCCUUCCUGGAGGAGCUGCAAGCCGAAUUCUGGGAGCUGUACGGGAAGAAGGUGUCCUCCGUGUCACGGCCAUACGCCUUCAUCGAGUUUGACCUCUAUAUCCAGAAGCUGAAGAAAUCCUACCUGGACACCUGGUCCAAGCGCCACCUGAGCAGCAUCAACAUGGAGCUACAGGAUGUUCAGAAGAUCAUGGUGACCAACAUUGAAGAGGUGCUCCAACGUGGAGAGGCCUUAUCAGCUCUGGAUUCCAAGGCCAGCAACCUGUCAACUCUCUCCAAGAAAUACCGCCAUGACGCCAAACUCCUCAACAGCCGUUCCGCCUAUGCCAAAGCCGCCGCUACCAGUCUUGUCUUUGUGAUACUUAUGAUCUACAUACGCUUCUGGUGGCUGGUGUGACCCUGCGCUGCCUGCCUUCCUUCCGCCCUCCAUCUUUGGUCCUGCCUCAUACGGGGUUCUGUGAAAAGAGUGGGGUGUUUCUGCGCCCCCCCCGCUCCGCCCUCCCCCAAGAGGCCGCUGUAGCACCUCUGGGAGAAACAAGAACUUGUGGAACUUGUUACUAUUUUCAAGUAUGGCACCGUUUGCCACCCUGCGGCUAAACCUGGAAUGACAACCGGAGAGAGAAUCGUUCAGCACGGGGACUGUUUGCAAUUGCGAUGAGUGUGGUUGCUUUUUUUGCUUUUAAUGUGCAAAGAGUUCUGCAGCUUCCUAGACAGGGAGAAGAGAGAGGGGCACCUGUUUUUGGCAAUCGCCAAAACAGCCUACGCACAGAGAGAGUCCCUUGGCAUCUUCAAAACUACCUAGGUUUCCUCUACAGAUGUUGACGGGCUCCCAUCUGCUUCAGCCACUGUGUCCCAUUGGUCAGAGAUGCUGGGAGUUAUAGUUCUGGAACAACUAGGUGGCUACAGGUGUUCCCCUCCUUGCUGUAGAAGCUCUGAAUGCUACCAUGUUAGAUAGGUUAGUGCAGCUGUUGCAGACAGAGAAACCAUGCUUGAAAUAAGAUGGAGGGUGCUGAGGAAUCAUUCCAAGCGAGGCUGGUGUUUUUUUAGUUAAGAUCAUGGUGCUUUUUCAAUAAAUGUUAUUUCCCAUGAAACUGGGAGCAGGCGACUCGACAGUGGGUGGGGGAAGGGGGGAAAAAAACGGCUCGUAAAAAAACCUCCAAAGCUAGUACAUUUAUUUUAGCAGUACAUUUUCAGAUAUUCAGGGCUCAGCCUGAGUUCCAGCAAGAGCCAGUCCAGAACCUAAGUAUUUUCAAUCCAAGGAUAUGUGACUGGAUGACACAAGGGGAGAGUGUUUUUGAGCAUAUGCAGAGUGUAGGCAAGGGUUACCUUUUUGUACUGGCUUUUAAUGGCAGUCUGCCACGCACGAAAUUUUGCUUCUAAUGAACCAGUUUGGUUUAGCGAAGCGGACUGAAUUCGUUCAAAAAUCUCUGAACAACGCCCAAAAGUCAUUCUAAUGAUUUCUGGGUGAACUGAAUGCAAAAUAAGUUUGGGGUUUUUUGUGUGUGGGGUGUGUUUGUAGAACUUUCAACGGUUUCUAGCUCAUUUUCAGGUUCAUUGGCUUACAUGUUUUGUUUUGUUUUGUUUUUACUCUUUAGACUCUUUGGGCUUUUAAGCUUAAAGAUCAUAAUGGCUGGGGAAAAUAUAUCUUAAAAACUG